AUGUUGCUCUCGUGGUCCCUUUUUAUCCUCGCUCUGGGCGGUCUGACCUUCGCGGCCCCCUCUCGCCGAGCCAACUAUGUCGUCCACGAGAAGCGCGCUGCUGAACCCUCACCAGCAUGGGUGCAGUCUCGCAGACUCGAGUCCGACAAGAUCCUUCCUAUGAGAUUCGGCUUGACGCAGAGUAAUCUCGACAAGGUCGAGGAUAUCCUCAUGGCGGUCUCGCACCCGCAUUCUGCCGACUAUGGCAAACAUUUGUCGCCGACCGAGGUAAUCGAGAUGUUCAAGCCUAGCUCUGAGACCAUCGAGGCCGUUAAAAAUUGGCUGAUCGGAUCCGGUAUAUCUCCCGAACGCAUCAGGCUCAGCGGUAAUAAAGGCUGGAUCGAGCUGAAUGCUACUGUGGCUGAGGCGGAAGACCUGUUGGACACGGAAUACCAUGUCUACGAACAUGAGGAGUCCGGGCUCGAGCAAAUCAGCUGCCACUCGUAUUCUCUCCCAGCGCAUGUUCAACCUCACAUCGAGCUCGUCAAGCCUACGGUUCACUUUAACCAUCGCGUCGCACGGGACGAAGGCGCUCCGGGAAAGCUGAAGCGUAAAAGAGAAAGCUCCUUGGGCAAGCCGUCACCGUACAACGGGCCGAAGACCAACGGAGAGCAUCCCAGCGUAGCGCCGAGCUUGGACUCCUGCGACGAAUAUAUAACCCCCGCUUGCUUGAGGGCAUUGUACAAUAUCUACUAUGUCCCAACACAGACAGGGAAGAACACGUACGGUGUCGUGGAGUUUACACCUCAAGCGUACCUGCCCACAGAUCUCGAUAUGUUCUUCAGCAACUACUCGCCAAGUCUGGUCGGUACUCGCCCUGUACUCGUAUCCAUCGAUGGAGGCUAUCCUCAGGCCCAAUACCAGGGAUUCGACUACAAUGGGGAGAGCGAUCUCGACUUCGAAUACGCGAUGAGCCUCGUUACCCCUCAAAACGUCACUUUGUUGCAGACAGGCGAUAUGGUAGAAGGUGCCGGCUUUGAUAACUGGCUCGACGCCGUCGACGCCUCUUUCUGCACAUAUGAAGGCGGGGACGAUCCCAGCCAAGACGGUAUAUACCCUGACACCGCUCCCGGCGGAUACAACGGACCGGAAUCGUGUGGAAUCAUCGCUCCUCCGUAUGUAGUGUCCACUUCAUACGGCCAAGACGAAUUCACCGCUACGCCCGCGUACGCCAUCCGGCAGUGCAACGAGUACGCCAAGCUCGGUAUGAUGGGAACCACCGUUCUCUACGCUUCGGGUGACUACGGCGUCGCUGGCUUCGGUGGCGAGUGCAUUGAUACUGCCACAAACACGGAGAGUGUGAAUGGAACGCGGUUCAACCCGGACUUCCCUGCUACGUGUCCCUACGUCACGGCCGUGGGUGCGACGCAAGUGAGCCCUGGGUACACGGUAUAUGAACCCGAGAGUGCGGCGGAGACGGUCAUCUACAGCGGUGGCGGCUUCAGCAAUAUAUUCGCCAUGCCGUCGUACCAGGCUGCUGCGGUCACGCAUUAUUUAGAGGCGUACCCGCCUCCGUACACCGCGGCACAGUACAAUAACAGUGGGAAUGUUCGAGCGUUCCCUGACUUGGCCGCUAAUGGUGUCAACUAUGUCAUUGCUAUUGAUGGGGAAUUCGAGCUGGUAUACGGGACUUCUGCAUCGUCGCCGGUGGUUGGAUCCAUGAUCACGUUGGUUAACGAUGCUCGAUUGGGCGCGGGGAAAGGACCGGUCGGCUUUUUGAACCCUGUGAUCUACACGCCUGGAUUCGCAUCCGCUUUCCAUGAUAUCACGAAUGGUUCCAACCAGGGCUGUGGUACAGUAGGUUUCACGACCGAACCUGGAUGGGAUCCCGUCACUGGUGUUGGUACACCUGAUUUAACCAUUCUCAUGCCCAUGCUGCUUGGUUUGCCCUGA